AUGAAAUCAGAUAGUUUUGGUGAUAGUCUACCGGGUAGUGAAAAUGAUCUACUUGAUUCCAGUGGUUCUCAAGUCAGUCGUUCACAUGAAAGUCAUUUAGAUAGUGUAGACGCUAUUUCAACGGAUGGAAUUCAUUCUAUCGAGUCUAAAAUACGUCCAUCGAAAUCAGUUAUACAGUCUUCAUUAAGAUUUUGUUCACCGGGUAAUGAUAUAUGCGCUGAUUGUGGUCGACCUGAUCCUGAAUGGGUCAGUGUAAAUCUAGGCAUUUUAAUCUGCUUAGAAUGUUGUGGUGCACACAGAGAAUUAGGUGUCCAUUGUUCACGUACACAAUCAUUGGUAAUGGAUGAAUUAUCGACUAAUCAAUUAUUGUUGCCUCGAUUUAUUGGAAAUCAAUUAUUCAACAGUGUAUUCGAGUCUAGUUUACCGACAGAAAUAAAGCCUAAUGCUUUAACUCUUAUAAGUGAUAUCGAUGGAAUGACUCAAAGACGUGCAUUCAUCAAGUCAAAGUAUGUUGAUCGACGUUUUAUAACAAAAACUACAUCUGAUCAUUCAAUACUUCUAUCGAAUUCUACAUUAGAUCAUAAUAAUAUCAAUAAUGAUAAUAAAUCAGAUGAUAUAACAACAACAACAACAACAAUAUCUACUACUACUGGAAGUUGUCUAUCAACACGUGAUCCUGUUUCACAGCGAUUUUUAAGACGUGAUCUACUCAGAGCUGUUAAAACAGGCAAUUUACCAUUAUUAAUACAGGUUUAUGCUGAACGAUUAGACCUAAUGACUCCAUUUCAACCAGAAGAUGAUGAUGAUAAUGAUACUGAUAAUUCUGGUUCACCUUUACCAAGAACUACAUCAUUACACAUAGCUAUAGAGACAACGAAUAAACUGCUUAACAAGUCAAAAUUACAUCAUCAUCAUCAUCAUCAUCGUGAUAAAUUAUCAAAUGAACAAUAUGAUGAGACAACUGAUUCCUUCCUUAAUUUCUAUGGUAAUGAAACAAUAUGGUCGCAAGUUGAUACUGUUGAUGAAGAGAAGCCAUUACAUUGUAAUCUUCCUUUAGUUGAAUUCAUUAUACAAAAUUCUUCAUCUGGUAGUUUGAAACAGACUAAUGAACUAGGCGAUACUGCAUUACAUCAUGCUGCUCGUUAUGGAUGCGUAGAUGCACUGAAGUUACUUAUUCAAGCUGGUGGUAUCCCAACUCCUAUUCUUCAUUUAUUAAAUCUUAAUGGUCAAACUGCAUUGGAUAUUGUUGAAGUAAUGUUAACAGAGAAAAAAUCAACUGAAUUAUUAGAGGCUUAUAAAAGUUGUCAGGAGAUAUUGAAAUUGGCGGAUUUAAUUGCAUCAAGUAUAUCAUCGAAUACUAAUCGUUUAAUGACUGAUUCUAUCUGUUCAUUAUUUCCUAAUACUGAUGGAUCAGCUGAUAAGAUAUCAGUAUAUCGUUCUAAUCUAGUUGAAUUAUUAGAUCAAUUGAAUUCAAUUGACUGGUAUCCAUUAAAUUAUACACCUAUAUCAACAUCAUAUUUAAUAAACAGUGGAAAAACUCGUCCUACUAAUAAGCGUUUAAUGGUAACAACGACUUUCUCUGCUGCUGCUGCUGCUGCUGCUACUACUGCCGCCACGUCGGCUAUUAGUACUCCAAAUACAACGACACCCAUUCGAUCCAGUACAUCAGAAGCAUUUAGUAGUAAAUUGGGUAUCUUUGCUUUGUCGCCUGUAAUGAAAACUACUACUCAAGUAUCCAGCUCGAAUGUACAUAGUCCAUAUGCAUUGAAAACUGGGAAACAAAUUACCUUUGAUGAAAGUCGACCCACUGUACAAAAAAAUGUGCCGUUGUUCAAUAAACCUAGUCGAUCUUUUAGUCAACACUCUGCUUCAAUAGAUUAUGGUAAUGCAUUAGCUACACUACCUCGAAAAAAGGGUCCUGCUCCACGUCCACCAUCUAUAGAUAGCCAAUCAAAUGAUUCAUCAUUGCAUGACGGUACAUCGAAUAAAAGUAAUCUUUGGAGUACAUUCAAUCGAUUAGAUAUUAGUCGGGUUCCGUUCUCUCCUACUGAUGCUCGUGAUGAAACAUUGCCCAGUGAUCAUAUUGAUAUAAUAUUAGAUGUCUUGGAGGAAAAGCCAGCAGUAUCUACACCUUCUGCUACUAUUGCUACUUCUAUAACAUCAUCUACUACUUCGUCUACUGUUAAUUCACUUAGAUCAGUGAAUAGUGCAUUUUACUCUUCUACUGCUGCUGCUGCUGCUUCAGUAUCCCUUGGCGAUGUUGGCAUAUCUCCUCCAAUCCCACCAAAACCGAGUUAUUUAUCUAAUACACUAUAUUCAACUUUACCUAAUCGAAGUUCACAUACGCCGGUGAAUAGAACAUCAAAUUUACCUGCCUUAUUUGACUCUGUUAGCAAAGCAACCGAUUUGAACACUUCAACAUCAGUGACGAAUUCAACUCAUCAUUUUAUCGAUUCCUUGAAAUAUUCUUUAUCUCAGCAUAUUAAUGAUAAAUUUGGAAGUAAUGUUCUAUCGAAUUCAUCACCAUCAUCAUCAUCAUCAGUCAAUAAUAUUGCUUGUAUCCCAGCCUCAAUUACUGCAUCACAUGAAUCAAAGCUGACAAAUCAACAAUACAAUAAUUUAUCAGUAAUUAAUUGUAAAAUUGGUGAUCUACUUGAAGCAUUAUAUGAUUGUGAAGCAGAGAAUUCAGAUGAAUUAACAUUUUGUCGUGGAGAAAUUAUCCAACUCUAUGAUAAACCAGAUGAUGAUUGGUGGGAAGGUGUUAUCCAAUCAGAUCAAAGUCGACGUGAAGGUAUCCGAGUUCAGUUGAAAGGCAGUAAUAAUAAUAAUAAUAAUAAUAAUAAUAAUAAUAAUAAUAUGGUGUAUGUUGAUUGGCAUACUGCUGAUGUGAUUGUUUCAUUUCAUCGUGUUCCUCUCAUUUGAUAUGUAUCCUUGUAUGUAUCGUUUUGUCUAUCAUCAGUGUAUAUGAUACUUUGUAUGUAUGUAUGUAGGUGUGUGUGUGUGUGUGUGUAUGAUACAAUUAAGGUUGAGAACAGUUUUAUUGUUAUAUAAUUCCUUUUUUUGUAAAUAGAAUGUUUACAAAAAGGAUAAGUUAAUGUGUACGCAUGUUGGCUACUUUUACUCUCUUCAAUUGACUCUUUGAUGAUGAUGUGCCUGUGUGUGUGUGUGUGUGUUGGUCAGCGUUUCAUGAACAGAGUGAUGUUCUUCUGUAUUUUGUUUCUUCUUGUGUUGUAGUUGACAGUCUUUUAGAUAAUCAGCUUUUCAGUGUUAUCAACGAUCUCUACCUGAUAAAGAUUUCAUCUAUCUAUCUACCCUAUCUAUCUAUCUGUGUAUAUGAAUUAUGUAAUAUUGGUUAGUGUUCUGUACACCUUUUUUUGCUUAUGAUUCGCCUGUUCUCUUUUUGAUUUGAUAUUGUAUACUCGUAGUUAUCUCACUUCCUUAUUGAUCAAAUGAUUUUCCCUUUACUCUUGUUGUCAUCAAUUCCUUACUGUUGUUAUUAUAGUAGUAAUAUUAGUAGUAUUAGUAGUAGUAGGUAACUUGCUUCGGUUUUUCUUUUUCAUUUUGUUAACAUCACUUUCUUAUCCUUAAUUAUUUUGCUUGUCUGUGUUGUUAUUGUUAGUGAUUGGUCUGUGUUGACUUGAUGAACUGUGUGUGUGUGUGUGGGGGGGGGGGUAGGGGGGAAGACAUAGAAGUGUACCGAUCAACUUCUUCGGUGUCCCACCACACACAUGUGUGUGUGUAUGUAUGUGUAAUGUAAAUGAGGCUAAACAAAACUCUGAUUUUAAAGUAAUCUGCAAUUAUUAUUAUUUUAUUAACUUAAACAUAAUAUUUUUUAUUCAUUUAUGAAUUAUACUACUAUUGUUACUACUUAUACUACUAGUUAGUAGUAAUGAUGUAUUCACAAAAAUGAUUAUCAAUAAUGAUUACUAAUACUAA